AAUGAGCGACGAGCGACACAAUGAACAUUUACCUUUAUUUGCGGUAUUCGAGUCAUUCAUGUUUGUUCGUAUAAAUAUCGUAUAUUUUACAUCUUGUCAUAUUAUGUCCUUAUGUUUACAAUUUUAUGCUAUUUUAGCGAAAAGUUUCUAAAUCCCAUGAAAACUUUGUGUUUGAUGCAGCGAAACGAUCCAUCGUCAACUUCUAACCUGGAUCCUGUAUUUCUCUAAUCUUGUUUCUUUAAUUUUCUUCGACGUCGUUGAAAUGCCAGAAACUUUGGACGAAGCGUUACUCGCUGCUCGUAGAGCUGUGCAGUUUGAUGGGAAUGGUCAAUACAAACAAGCCCUAUAUUAUUACGAUAUCGCUAUCAAACUUCUCGUUAGGUUACAAUUAGAUGACACAUAUGAGCAAAAACUCGCGGAUUAUCGGGAAAGGAUCUUGGCGAUACAGCGUCUCGUUCACGAGGAGGAACAGAAUAAUCAAAAGACGGAGCCUUCGCACCAAUCUGAGUUGCAAAGAUGUAAAUUUCUUAUGAACCAAGCGUUAGAUGCGGAUGAGGCUGGUUUAAAAGACAUUGCAGUAAAGUUGUAUACCGAUGCUGCUGAGCUUGGUCUUAGCGCAAAAACUAAUGAUACAGAUGUAAAAGCGAAAUUAACGAAUCUUGUUAGAGUUGCCGUUGAGAGAGCAGAAUCUUUGAAAGGCAUCAAAACUACAGAAGAUGAAAGUAUCAUGAAAAGUUUAGCUAGACUACCAUCUGUACCAGAAACUAGUUUACCAGAUACUGAACAAUCGGUAGAGGAGGAACAACCAGUAAAUGCACCGUCAACUACUCCAGCAAGAAACACGAGAUCCUCGCUCCAUCGAGGAAGCAGUGGGCAUCUCAAAAUAACUGGAGGUAGUACCAAUUACACGGAAGAAGAAAAGAGAGUAUUGCUUCGUAGCUCUCACAUAAACGAGCACGAGUUCGUACCAUUUAUGAAUAUUGAUUUGACUGAGAAAUUUCAGUAUGCCAUUCCGUUUACCGAUAAGGAUGGAUUACUGGAACUGGCACCAAAGCAAAAGCCCGAUUUUGCUGGAUGGCGUCGGCCAGAAGAAUUAUAUUCCGAUCCCAAGAUGGUUAUUGGUCAUCAUGUCGAUUACUACAGCAUAAAACAGACUGUGGUCUCUGACUGUUCAUUUGUUGCUUCGCUCGCAGUGAGUGCUCAAUACGAAAAGAAAUUCGGACGGAGACUCAUAACAUCCAUCAUUUAUCCCAAAAAUAAACAGAAGGAGCCCGUAUACAAUCCAUUCGGAAAGUACAUGGUGAAACUACACAUCAAUGGCAUACCACGUAAAGUAAUAAUAGAUGAUCUUCUGCCUGUAAGCCGGUACAACCAAUUACUCUGUUCCUACUCUAGCAAUCGUGGGGAGCUAUGGAUUUCUUUGCUCGAGAAGGCUUAUAUGAAAGUAAUGGGUGGUUACGAUUUUCCUGGAUCAAAUAGCAAUAUAGAUUUGCAUGCCUUAACUGGUUGGAUACCCGAAAGGUGGGCAAUCAGACCAAACGAGGCAGAUUUUAACAAGGAUGUUUUAUUUGAUACAUUAUUGCUACGGCUUCACAAGGGUGAUGUGUUAGUCACUGUGGCUACAGGAGAGUUAUCGAAUUUGGACGCAGAUCGCACAGGCCUCGUACCGAGCCAUGCAUAUGCUGUUCUUGAUGUGAGAAAGAUUAAUGGAGAGAGAUUACUGCAGGUGAAAAAUCCAUGGUCCCAUUUGCGAUGGCGAGGCAAUUAUUCUGAGCUCGAUGCGAAGCAUUGGACUCAGGAUUUGAAGGAGGCAUUGAAUUACGAUCCAGAAUCCGCAUCGGAGUUUGAUAAUGGCAUCUUCUGGAUCGAUUACGAGAGCAUAUGUCGAUUUUUUGACGUGUUUUAUUUAAACUGGAAUCCAGGCUUGUUCAAUUACACUUACUGCAUACAUCAGAUGUGGAAAGCUGGUGUCGGACCUGCAAAAGACGCGUACAAUAUCGGCGACAAUCCGCAAUUCGCACUGGAAAUACAAAGCAAAGGAAGCGGUGCUGUUUGGAUACUUCUCACCAGGCAUAUUACAGACAUAGCGGACUUCCGACAGAAUCAAGAGUACAUUACAGUUUUAAUUUAUCGUAAUGACGGGAAGAGAGUGUAUUAUCCACAUGAUCCACCUCCGUACAUAGACGGUGUGAGAAUAAACAGCCCGCAUUAUUUGUGUAAGAUUAAAUUGGGAGAGCAGAGCGACACAAAAUACACUUUGGUCAUAUCUCAGUACGAAAAGACAAAUACCAUCUACUAUACGCUUCGUGCUUAUGGAACGUGUCCAUUUAUCCUGCGAAAAAUACCCCAACUUUAUAAAUAUGAAGAGGAGAUUACAGGUCAAUGGAAAGGCGUCACUGCAGGAGGAUGUGGCAAUCAUCCCACAUAUGUAAAUAAUCCGCGAUACCAGAUGAUACUUGAGAGCGCCAAUACCAAUAAUUAUUUAUUAAUUAUUUUGAAAGGACCCAAACAGUACCAAAUAGGCUUUGACAUUACUACCGUUGUGCUGAACGACACGAAUGCACCAACUGCAUUCAAAACGAAAAAUUCUGGACCAUUUAGAUCUGGAUUUGUAUAUUUGGAAUUGGAGAAUGUACCAGCAGGAACGUAUCAUAUUAUUCCUUCGACAUAUACACCUAAUCAAGAGGGACCAUUCUUUUUAAUUUCAAUCCAACAAACAUGCCAGGUAAAAAGUGCUCACAAUGUGUUUGUGAAGUUAACUGUAGUUAGCUGUACGUAUUAGGUGUACGUAAACAUUUGUCAAAUGUUUCAAUAGUAGCUUUAUACUAGUUGAUCUUGGAUUACCACAGUGCUUUUUCUGUCAGUAUAAAAUUUAUUUGAAUUGAUUAGCUGUUUUACAUCAUAUAAAAUAAAAUAAAGAUUCAAAUGACCUUCACGCUUUCACAUAAUUUUUUGAUUCAUGCCGGAGAUACACAACCAUACUUUUACAUGUAUAUGCAUAUAUAAGAUAGCUACUUGUGUAAAAAGUUUGCCUAAAAGCUGCCAAUAUUUAAGAUUGUACUUCGCUGUAUGUUUUAAAUAUAAGAUUUUCUUUUUUGUGGACGAAAGAAAAUUUCAUAGUUUGUCGUACAAUUUUGAUUGCAUCAAUUGUCAAUGGUAAUUUCCUUGACAAAUUUGGAGUUGAUUAAUGUGUAAAACCAAAAUUUAAUGCAAAAAUAUCAAUUGCAUCUACCUUCAUCUUUAUAAUUCAGUUUUUAGUAAUUAUGAAACUUUUGAUGUAGAGUGAAAUCACCUCCAAAUUCACUCAAGUUUUACCAUCAAUAAUUUAUGUGAUAAUACCACUAAGCUAAACAUUUAGUACAUUAAACUCAUUUAAUUGCGUAUAUUCUAUUUAUAUCGCGUACUUCAUUUUAUUUCUAUCAUCAUAUCCAAACCUCUUAUUUGUUAUCUUUUUAUUCAUUAUGUCCCAUAAUUGUACUUGAAAUUUGUGUGAUGUAAAUAUAUUAAUUUAUGCAUUAGUAUA